AUGUAUUCGGAAUCAAUUGCCACAAGAUUUCAUGAAGUUGUACCGGAUCAAAUUGGUGAUAUAAUUGAAAAUCAUGUUAUAACUGUUCAUGAUCAUUUUUUAAAAUUCCCAGGAUAUCACGUUAAGAAUAUUUAUGAAUUUAAGGUUAAGUGGACUUAUAAGGAUGAUGAACUACCAACAAGUAAAUUCCCUGAUUAUGAAAAUCAAUUAGUUUAUGUUAUCAAAGAAUUAAACCUCAAGAGGAGAAUAUUUGGAAUACCUUUUAUCCUUUGGGAAGAAGAUCAUUAA